UUGAGCUGAAAACAGAGCAUUGCGAAUUUAUAGGCAGGCACAUGAAAUGGGUGCUGGUUCAGGGCUUCCUAAGCUGCUCAUUCUUGCAUAUUCCAUCUCUUUGGUGGAGUUGUACUUGCUUUCGACCUCAGCAAUCUUGGACGCAGCGAAGCUCCAUGCGACGGAAGUGACGGCGUUGAGAGAGAUAGGCAGGAAAUUGGGCAAGACCGACUGGAACUUCGAGGAAGACCCGUGCAGCGGCCGAGGCAAUUGGGCCCAGGCUCUUGAUGAUGCCGAUGGUGAAGGUGGCAGCGGUGCAAAAACAGGGUUGAAGAGCAAUGUCACCUGCGACUGUUCCUUCAACCACAGUACCACUUGCCACGUCAUCACCAUAGCUCUGAAGGUACAGAAUCUGUCCGGCAUAGUCCCGCCGGAGUUCUCCAAGCUUCACUACCUCAAGUCGCUGGACCUGAGUCGGAACUGCCUCACCGGCACAAUACCUGCUCAGUGGGCUUCCAUGCGCUUGGAGGAGCUCUCUUUUAUGGGAAACCGAUUGUCCGGGCCAUUUCCCAAGGUCCUCACAAGGAUCACCUCCUUCAGAAACCUGAGCAUUGAAGGAAACCGUUUUUCAGGGCCAAUUCCGCCAGAAAUUGGGAAUUUGAUCAAAUUGCAGAAACUCAUACUAUCAUCCAAUGCUUUCACAGGGGAACUGCCAGUAGAGCUCUCCAAGUUGACCAAAUUGAACGACAUAAGGAUAAAUGACAAUGCUUUUUCUGGGAAGAUACCUGAGUUCAUAGGAAACUGGACAAGCAUUGAGAAACUACAAAUGGAAGGUUGCUCUCUGGAGGGUCCUAUACCUUCAAGUAUCUCUGCACUGAAAAGCUUAAGUGACCUGAGGAUCAGCGAUCUAAAAGGCAGAGUGUCCUCUUUCCCGCUGUUGAAUGACAUGCAAUCCAUGAAGACCUUGAUUCUUAGGAAAUGCUUAAUUGAUGGACAGAUCCCUGCAUAUAUUGGCAACAUGGAAAAACUUAAGAACCUAGACCUGAGCUUCAAUAAUUUAACUGGAGAAAUUCCAUCAUCGUUUGUCCAUCUUAUUAGAGUGGAUUUCAUGUAUCUGACUGGGAACAAGCUCACUGGUACCAUUCCUUCAUGGGUCCUUGGAAGAAACAAAAAUGUGGAUCUAUCAUACAACAACUUCACUUGGGAAAGCUCAAGUCCCACCGAAUGUCCUCGAGGGAGCGUGAACUUAGUGGAAAGCUACUCAUCAUCAGCAGAUAAACUAAAUAAUGUUCUUCCAUGCCUAAAGAGAAACUUCCCAUGUGCUCCAUCAAGUAAGCAAUAUAAAUCCUCAUUGUACAUCAAUUGUGGAGGUAUGGAAACAAAUGUUGGGGACAAGACAUAUCAAGCUGAUAAUGAACUGAGAGGGGCUUCAAUGUUUUACUUGGGUCAGAGCUGGGCAUUUAGCAGCACCGGGAACUUCAUGGACAAUGACAUUGAUUCAGAUGAUUAUGUCGACAGAAAUACUUCUGCUCUUUCGAGCAUCUCUGUUCGUGAUUCAGAACUAUACACGACAGCACGUGCUUCUCCUCUUUCACUGACAUACUAUGGGCUUUGUCUUUUCAAUGGAAAUUACACAGUCAGGCUCCACUUCGCAGAGAUUAAGUUCUCAAAUGACAGCUCCUUCAACAGCCUGGGAAAGCGCAUAUUCGAUGUCUAUAUCCAGGAGAAGUUGGUCCUAAAAGACUUCAACAUUGAAAAUGAAGCUGGUGGUACUGGCAAGGCCAUUGUAAAGACAUUUACAACUGUGGUAUCAAGUAACACACUAAAGAUCCAUUUUUACUGGGCUGGGAGAGGUACAACGGGAAUCCCAGUAAGAGGAGUUUAUGGACCUCUCAUAUCAGCCAUAUCAGUAGAUCCAAAUUUUAAACCUCCUUCACUUGAUGAAAAAAGGAGGUAUCCUGUCGACAUAGUGGCUGGAUCUGCUACUGCCGCUGUAGUUCUAUUGAUCCUCGUUCUUGGUAUUAUGUGGAGAAAAGGGUGGUUAGGAAGCGAGUUAUCUCAUGAUAAAGAACUUAAAGGUCUAGAUCUACAAACAGGAUUAUUUACCUUAAGACAGAUCAAAGCUGCUACCAAGAACUUUGAUGUUGGAAACAAAAUUGGCGAGGGUGGAUUCGGUACGGUCUACAAGGGUCAACUAUCAGAUGGAACUGUCAUUGCAGUGAAGCAGCUCUCGUCAAAAUCUAAGCAAGGAAAUCGUGAGUUUGUGACUGAAAUUGGCAUGAUCUCCGGCUUGCAGCACCCAAACCUGGUAAAAUUACACGGUUGCUGUGUUGAGGGGAACCAGUUGUUGCUUGUCUAUGAGUACAUGGAAAACAACUGCCUUUCUCGUGCUCUUUUCGGUGAGCUUAGGGAGGAUGCUACCAGCAAGUUAAAACUGGACUGGCCUGCCAGAUGGAAAAUUUGCCUUGGCAUAGCCAGAGGUUUGGCCUAUCUCCAUGAAGAAUCAAGAUUGAGGAUCGUGCACAGAGAUAUCAAGACUAGCAAUGUGCUGUUGGAUAGGGAUUUCAAUGCUAAGAUCUCUGAUUUCGGUUUGGCGAAGCUCAGUGAAGAUGGUAAAACCCACAUCAGCACCAGAGUUGCUGGAACCAUUGGCUAUAUGGCUCCAGAGUAUGCGAUGCGCGGUUAUCUGACGGUCAAGGCAGAUGUGUACAGUUUUGGAGUAGUUGCACUGGAAACUGUUAGUGGAAAGAGCAACACAAACUACAGGCCGAAGGAAGAAUUUGUCUAUCUUCUUGACUGGGCAUACGUUCUGCAAGAGAGAGGGUGUCUAUUGGAGCUGGUUGACCCAGAUUUGGGCUCGGAAUUCUCUUGCGAGGAAGCGAUGCUGAUGCUCAACGUGGCGCUCUUGUGCACCAACGCGUCCCCAACUCUGAGGCCCGUAAUGUCUCAAGUCGUAAGCAUGCUUGAAGGCCGGACCGCGGUUCAGGACCUGCUCUCCGACUUGGGGGUUUCUGCUGCAAAUGCGAAAUACAGGGCCAUCAGAAACCACUUCUGGCAGAACCCCAGCCAGAGCAUGUCCACCAAUGGUCCUUGCAUUGAUUCCUCCAUUUCAAACAUAGAAGAGACUGAUCAUCUGAUAAAAGUUGGCUCAAACGAACCAAACAGGGAGGUAGAUGACUGAGUUGCUUUGAUCUUUGUUCCUAGUAUCGAGCAAGUGUGAACAUUUUGUUAGGAAUUAGGACACUGAGUGUUUU